AAAUUAUAACUAAGUCGUAUUUACAAUCGGAAUCGAUCUAUUGGGUUGGCAACUAGGUAAUUGCGGAUUUUGUCAUUAGGUGGUAAUUACAAAAUUAUGUUCGUUUGCUUAGUUUAAUCGUUUAAAAUGAAAUGUCACAAGUUGUUGAGUAAAACUCAAUAUAGAAAGUGCGUGUAUCCAUACUUACUACAUAAUAAUUAGUAAAUAAAACGAUAGAAGUCGUUUUACCGUGAGAGGAGUGAGGCAAAAAAGAUCUGACAAGUGCCACGUGAAACGGAUAUCCUCAGGACCUUACAGGUCGAGACAAACAAUAGUCAAUAUAAUGAACAAAGAACCCAAAAUUACAUCCUCGGAAAUGGGUGAAAUAGUAAGAAACGAAUCUAACACGAAAAUAAACUCCAUAACAGUUCGAAGAACACUUAAAGCCACUGUCAUAGAGCAUUUGACGAUAGAGAGGAGGAAAGAGCAUUGAUGACGAUCAAUAGAAAAGCAGAGGAACGAACGGUCACUUAGAAUAAUCUCAGAAACUAAAAUGUAGCGGCGGUAACACGCAAAGAAAAAAGUUACUCAAAAUAUUACGCUGAUGGAAAGUUCUUUUUAUACAAAAACAACCGAGCAUUUAUCUAGGACUACUCGACAUAUCGAUUGCGAAAUUGUAUUUGAUAAAUCAAUUAAAAUACCUUGUUCAAAGUACGAUCUUUUUUUUGAAUGUUAAAAACAAACGUAGGUUCUUGUCCAUUCUGCGUAAUGUAUUUACUUGGCACUGCCACCGCUCGUGCCAUAAUCCCGAGAAGUCGAACAUCCAAUAACUGGCGUCUCUUGCGUCUGUCACAUGCUUAGAUAUUUUUCUAUACUUCACAUGUAAGAAAUUUGUAAUCAAAUGAUUUAUGCCUCGUGAAAUUGGAAAAGAAAACAUUGAUUGCGACCUAUGCAAUACUGAUUAUUGAUUGAACGACUAUGGAUUGGCAAACAAUCGAGUUUCAAUAUCUUAAAACCAUCAAAUUUUUCGGGCAGCUUGUUGGUGUGUGGCCUUAUCAGGAAGAAUUCCGGAAAAUUACAAUGCGAUUUGUCACAUCGAUUGUGACUAUUGUCUGUCUUGUAACUCAGAUAUCACGGAUACUAACGUUUUACAGCUUGGACAUACUGUUAGAACAGAUGCCGCAUUUGGAUGUAACAUUAAUGAUUGUUCUCAAGCAGUACAAUUACAUUCUGAACGAGAAGAAGUUGAAAGAACUUUUAAGCGAAAUCGUCGCCGAACGUCUGAUAGAACGACCAAAGAGGGAAUUAGAGAUUUUGGACAUAUACUCUCAGAAGGCAAUGAUCAUGUCCUUUAUAUACAAAGUCAGCACAUUUGUCACCGCCGUUAUGUUCGCCCUCAUACCGGCUGUAUCACCUAUUCUGAACAUCGUCGCGCCCUUGAACGAGUCACGGAGCCGCGAAUUAAUCUACCCAGCUUAUUACUUCGUGGACGAAGAACGAUAUUAUUAUGUCAUACUAGUGCAUAUGGUAGCAUCGGUGUCAAUACUCGUAGCUGUUUAUAUUGCCUGUGACACCAGUUUAAUUCACUUCGUACAGCAUGGUUGUGCCCUGCUGGCUAUCAGUGGCGUGUGGUUUUAGACAUCAGCACAAUGAAGAAAGUUUAUGCAGAAAAAUGUCGUUUCCGGUUUAUUUUUCAAGCUAUAUAUGUAUAUGAUUGGUUACAGUGGAUACGUAUUCUCAUGGAAUACCAUAGUGAUGAAUGAAACAUCUGAGGAUCGAAAUGCAUGCAAUGUAAUCACUCUCUUAAGAAUUUCUAUAAGUUCGCGAAGAAAGCGCCCAAACAUUUGUAGACAUUUCUUAUGAAUAUACUUUUAUAUGGAAAA